AUGAAGCAACCAAGCGCAAGUCACUGUCCAGUUUCACCUCGAAGUUCGACGAAAACCCUACCCCAAGCCGUUGGGCCUCUUUCAGAGUCUACACGACCAUUACCAAGUCCAUUCAAAGCUCAAGGUGAUGAGCCACCACCCGAACAAAAUAAGACUACUCCAAUCACAUCGCGAAAAUUGGAGACACACUCUAUCCUGAUUUGGUGGGCAAUCUGCGGGCUCUUAACUCGACUUGGAUUGAAUGCCAUCGGAGAAUAUGAGGGGAAGAGUGUGUUUAGCGUGCUGUUGGUUCAAGUUGUAGGAUGUCUCGUGAUGGGGGUGGGAUUGAGAUUGAAGGAUACGUUGGAUAGGAUUCAUCCUUUGUUAUAUUUAGGUCUGACUACCGGUUAUUGUGGCUCAGUUACCACCUUUAGUACUUGGAUGAUACAAGUCUUUCAGGCUUUCAGUAAUAGUUCGGGUCCACAUCGAAGCCGGUUUCAUAGUUUCUUAGAUGGCGUCAACCAAACUUAUAUCACAGUGGCUAUGAGCAUCAUCUCCAUCCAAUGCGGCAUCCAGCUUGGAAAUCUCAUCGAACCAUCUAUUCGCUCAUUCUUUGAAGGUCCUUCCUCGUCUUCGUCAUCUUCCCCCGAUCGCGUCGCAUCCUACUUCAUACGCUGGACUACUCUCCUCAUUGGCCCGGUAGCUUGGAUCUGUACCGUGUUCAUCUUUUUCUAUGGACCGCACUGGUGGCGCGGGCCUGUGUCUUACAGCUUACUCAUUGCUCCCAUUGGCACCUUGACACGGUUUCAUCUAUCCAAACUCAAUUCUUUGCCGAUUUCAACCCGAAACGGAUUUCCAAUUGGAACUUUUCUCGCCAAUCUCAUUGCUACUGCUCUCCUAGCAGUCUUUACCCUCCUACAACUCUUACCACAAGCCUCAAGAAAUGCCGAAUUGUGCGGCUCUCUCCAAGGAUUAAAAGACGGUUUCUGCGGAUGUCUAAGUACGAUAAGUACAUUUACAGUUGAACUUCGUAAGAUCAAACCGACACGAGAAGCCAUCAGAUAUGGCAUCAUAAGCUGGAUGGCUGGCCAGCUUGUAUGCGUCUUAUUACUCGGAAUAUACAUAUGGACCCGACCUGUCCUUGAUCAUUGUCAAUUUCCAACUUGA